AUGGAGAACCAACUUAUUGGCACAUCUAAAGAAGCUAAAGUUUUAUACGAUAUCUACAAAUAUUUUGCAACAAUAGAAAGAAGAAACAUAGAAGAAAUAGAAGACCCUGUCAAUAUAAAAAACAUCACAAAACAAGACAUGAUACAAAAAAGGACAGAAAAACUUCUAAUGUCAGAAGAAAUUGUCAUAUCAGAAGAACUUGUUACAAAAGAAGAACAUUUUUUGCAAAAUCCAUCUUUCGAAUUUUUCACGACAGAAGAGCUAGUAAUGUCAGACGAUCUUGCGAUCUUAGAAGAACUUGUCACGACAGAAGAACCUGUAAGAGAAGAACCGAUGUGGAUAGAACAAGAUAAAUUCGAAAUGACAGAAAAAGAUAACCAUGAAGAAACAGAAAAACAAGUAAAACCUAUAACCAGAGACGCAUCAAAUGGUAUUGGAAUAGAAGAAUCUGUAAUAUUAAAGAACACAAAAUUACUAAAAACAUCUGAUACAGUUGAGACAUCCAACACCCACUUGAGGGUACUUACAGAUGACAUACCAGUUAACAUUGGAGAAGAAAGUCCUGCUAAACAAUCUUUAAGUGAAUUUUUAGUAAUUCCGAAAACUCCUAUUAAAAAAGGCUGUAAGAAUCAAGACCAUCGUUCCUUUGUGCUAACAAGCAAAGCAUGGGAGGACGAAGAACUAAAAAAACAAAAUAAAAAAACUGAAGAAAUACAAGCUAAAGAGAACAAAAAACAACAAAGAUUAAAGAUAGCAGAAGAAAAACGUUUAAUGGUACAACAAAAAAAGGCUGAUAACUUAAAGAAAAAGGCUAUUAAAAUAGAAUCUGAAACAUACAAGCAUGCAAAGAGGAAUAAAGAAAAACCAAAGAUCAUACAAAAUAUAUUAAUUAAACCAGCAAAUGAAAAUAUUUCUAACGAAGACCUAAAUAUAGACAAGGACGUAACAAAGCAGGAGACAUAUACCGAUAAACAAGGAAGUCAAAAUAAAAAUAUAACAGAUGAAGAAACCUCAGAAACUUCACAAAAAAUAAAUAAACAGGAAAAGAACAAAGGAAAGCACACAAAGCCGCUGACAAGCACGCAAAUAUUAAAUAUUUUAUUACAGGACGGCGAUUCCGAAGGGCCAAUGACUGUACUAAAUAAUAGUGCCAAUCACUGUACUACAAUGCCAAUGACUAUACAUUUAGGACAAAAAUUGUAA